CAAUAUCAACGGUUAUAUGGACAAAGCGGAAGUCUUUCGAGUUGAGUUGCGACCCGGAUGUAAUUAAACUGAAACGUCGUGGACGUUUUUUACAAGCAAAAAAUGUAGUGUUAAGUCAAAUGCGAGCUAUUUUUUACUUUAAAUCUUCCGGUCCAUCGUAUAUAAAAGCCUGUGAGUAGUAAAAGGGACUUUCAUUUCAAAUUACCUGCUAGUCAGAACAAGAGUUCCUGCCAUCCUAAAGCUUUCUUUCUGGGGGAGAAUCUUUCAAAGUAGACUCAGCCUUACGCAUCAAGAAAGAUAACCGAAAACAUGAAUAAUGGGUUGACAUUUCGUGCUUGGUCUUUGAGUCGACAAAAAUACUUGGUCUUAACUGAAGAUGGUGGAAAGAAGACUCCUAAAAUCAGAGCAACAGGCGAUGAUGAAGGAAAAGAAAGUCAAUUCACAAUGGUACUGAAUACCGCAAUCGAAACUUUUAACGAAAAUUCCGCCCACUUAGUGUUUACAGCACAGGACGGUCAGAAUUAUGCUUUGAUUACCGACUUAAAAAAUGGAACUGUUUCGUUUACGAAGUACGAAAAAUCUUCAGAACAUAUUGGAGCCUUCGUUAAGGAGUCAUUGGGUGAGCAAGGACCAACCUAUGCUCUUAGGGUUGCACAGAGUCAGAGUUGCAUUGCUGCCAACAAAGAUGGCUUUCUGUCGCUGAGACCAUUUGAGCGAAUUUAUCCUCAUCCAGACACCAUUUUUGUUCUAUCUAAAGUUUAAACAGAUAAAGCAAUGGUUAGGUCGAAACUGAGUUGAUGCCAUUCGUAAUAAGACAAUAGGGACGCUUUUUGGCUUUCAAUGUUUUUGGCAUUCAGUGUUUUUGGCUUUAGUGCUUUUGGCUUUCAGUGUUUUUGGCACUAAAAAGAAUCUCAUCUCAAUAAAUGAUAGGGAACUUGUUGUAUUCUUUCUAGAAACCAUUACUCUCUUUGUGUCCUCUAUGAGGCAGUAUAAGUAACUGUUUGUAACAGCAAAUAAAAGACUGAAAUGAAAUGUCUAAA